AUGGUGCUGGGCUUUGAUCCUUCUAGUGUGAGUGACCAUGACGGCUAUACCCAGCACAUCGAUGUAGAGAGCCCUUCCUCUGAUUUUACUCCUGGACGUGGCUUCCCUUUCUCACGUCUCAACAGGGCAUCUGGGGACGGUAUGCUUAACGAAUUGUUUAGCUAUGACAUGCAGAAGUCACCCAGUGACGAUAAAACAACUCUGGACGAAGGAGAGGCUACUGCUACACAAAAGGAUACGUCACAAGUCAACCGCAUUCAAGUGAGCAAUGGAGAAACAGUACUUGGCCCUCAGAACCCUCCACUGGAUCUGAGUAUGAGGCUUCAGGCAUUGGCUUAG